GCAUGGCACAGUGCUGUCCAGUGAGUAGGAAGGCAGGUACAGAUGUGUGAUUCUAGCUUGACAGGACCUAUCUGGAUUAUUUCCCUCUUGGGACUGAACAGCAGAACUAAAACAAGAUUUUUCUUUCUCCAUACUUUUUCUACCACAAACUUCUGUAACCUUUCCUUAUGGAAACCACCCUUCCUCUGUAUUCAUUCUAGUCCUGUGCCUGUCCCCCAGCAGUAACUAAUUAACCAAAAUAACAACUUUUCAUAGCAUAGUUGCAUUCAAGGGUAUAUUCCAACUCUAAUAGUCUAUAUUACUGCUGUUUUUAAUUAGUCUUUUGCAAGCGUCAUUUCAAAGGAGACUGAAUUUGAGUUGUUUUCUCUAUAUGCAUUUAGUGUGCCAGGACAGCCAUAUUUGGAGGAACCCUACCAAAAUAUCUGUUUCCAAGCUUUCCUGACUAUUUUACAAUCUCCAAAAUCAUCUGAUAUGGAUGAUAUCACAUUUUGCAUGUUACUGCAAAAUGCAUUAAAAGGUAUACAGUCACUUCUAAAUGGUGGGAGAAUGAAACUAACACAGACUGAUGAACUUGGAGCACUUUUAGCUGUGCCAAAGAAGUUCAUGUUUCACGGACUGCCCGGACUAAACAUAGAGAUGCCCACAGUGUUAUACCCAACUCCGCUUCCUCAGUAUGAUGGGCGAACACCUAUCAAACCACGGCAAUCAGAAUCCAGUGCUUCUCGACCAACUUUGGUACAUUUA